AUGUUGGGAAACUGUUUCGGCAGUGAUGCUCUAAAGAAAACAACUGUUUACGAGUGCCAUGAACGCUUCAGAAGUGGUCGUGAAUCCGUCGAGGAUGACGAACGCAGUGGCAGGUCGUCGACAUCGAAAACCGACGAAAACAUCAAUAAAGUGAGAGAAAUGUUGAUUAAUAACAGCAAAUUAACUAUCAGAGAGCUGGCAGACUUAAAGCUGGGAGACUUAAACAUUGCUUAUGGAUCCGUUCAGGACAUUGUAGUUAAUGAUUUGGGUUUGCGGCGUGUUGCUGCAAAGUUGGUCCCGAAGGAACUGAAUUUCAUGCAAAAAAGGGACUGCGUUGACAUCGCCAAAGACAUGAUUUCCAAGGCUGAAUCCGACCCAACAUUCAUCAAACGCAUCAUUACUGGAGACGAGACGUGGGUUUAUGAGUACGACACGCAAUCCAGACAUCAGGCGAGUGAAUGGAGAGCUCCAAAUGAGCCAAGACCAAAAAAACCACGUCGUUUUCAGUCGAAAAAGAAAGUGAUGCUCACGGUUUUCAUGGAUUACAACGGUAUUGUACAUCACGAAUUUUUGCCAGGUCAGACAGUUAAUAAGGAGUAUUAUUUGGGCGUUAUGAGACGUUUGCGUGAAGCAAUUCGUCAAAAAAGAAAGAUUUGUGGGCAAACAACUCGUAGAUUUUGCAUCAUGAUAACGCACCGUCGCACAGUGCCAUCAUUAUCCGUGAAUUUUUGA